AUGUCCGGACGUCAAGGAGGAAAGGCUAAGCCACUGAAGGCACCAAAGAAGGGAGAGAAGGAUCUCUCUGAGGAAGAUGUCGAGUUCAAGAAGAAGCAGCAGGAGGAGGCCAAGAAGAUCAAGGAGAUGGCAGCCAAGGCUGGCCAGCGUGGACCACUUCUCGGAGGAGGAAUCAAGAAGUCUGGAAAGAAGUAA